GAAUAUAAUCCUGAAUACUCCUAAACCUACUCUUGUAAAUGCGCGGCCCAAGGGUGACUGUCGUGUAGUGUAGCAGUUUAGGGUUAACUUUAGGCCAGAGAUAAUACGUGCUGCUCUGUACAUUUUGUACUUUUCGUAUGUUCUGUUCCUAUUUCAUAUCCUGGUCAACUCACCAUAUAAGGAGUUGUUUUAUUAUACAUGAAAGAGCAGACCAUACACCCCCUAGAACAGGAGGAACCAGGAAUGUGGUUUCAGUGAAACUAGAAGGUACAGAGAAAAGCAAAAGAGUAUGUUCUCGCGGUUAUUGAACUGUGCAUAACUCCUGUGUGACCUUGAUACUGAGUGUGCAAAACACAUUCCAUAACUUUCUACUGCUGAUACUCCCUAUGCAGAAGUGUGUAUAUAUACGCCCUGACGCAGCUAUGUGUCAGGACACGCAGAGAAUAAACCAGAUUGAUUUACUCAUGUGGUUCGCUCUCUUCUUGUCCUCGGAGAUCUCCUGGUAACGCAUCUGAACAGCACGCAGCGCAAUCUUAACAAUUUGGUGACCCCGACGUGAUACUCUCAAUCAGCAAGGUGUCGUGGUUCCUUGUGUCAGCCCGUAUAACACCCCAGUGAACCCGGUCCCAAAACCGGAUGGCACAUGGCGCCUCACUCAAGAUCUACGUAAAAUAAAUGAACUCAUCGUUCCCGUGGCUCCAGUGGUCCCUGACGUUCCUUCUCUUAUGUCUUCUAUUCCGUGUGACCAUGCUUAUUUCUCUGUGAUUGAUUUGUGCUCUGCCUUUUUCAGUGUUCCUGUGGGCCAUGAGACUCAGCCCCUGUUUGCUUUCACACACGGGGGAAGACAAUACACGUGGACGCGGUUGCCACAGGGUUUCAUUGACUCACCGGCGGUCUUCACUGCCGUAUUGCGGGACGCGCUGGCUGAUCCCUGUCUUCCCCGGGGCUCCACGGUGCUCCAGUACGCGGAUGAUCUUCUGGUAACGGCGGAGGAUCAAGACGCUUGUGCUGCCGCCACAUUGUCUCUCCUCACACUCCUGGCGCAGAAGGGUUUCAAGGUCUCCCGCACGAAGUUGCAGUUUUGCCUCACAACUGUUCGCUACUUGGGACAUGACCUCUCCCAGGGUUCCAGGAGGCUUAGCCCGGAACGCGUUCAAGUCAUUAUGGACACUCAGGUACCUGCAACCAAGCACGCUCUCAUGGCAUUUCUGGGCCUCAUCAAUUACUGUCGUCAAUGGAUCCCUGACUGUUCAAUCUAUGACAAUUGUUUGCGUUCAGCUAUAAGUCACUCAGAUCCUUUGACUCAGCCCCUGGUCUGGACUGAGGACAUGCUAACGGCCUUCAAGGCUCUGAAGCAAGCUUUGUGCUCCGCCCCUGCUCUCGGGCUGCCGAACUAUCGUUUGCCGUUUCACCUGUAUGUGUGCAAACAGAAGGGGACCGCCUCUGGGGUGCUGGCUCAGGAGCACGGGGGGGGCAUGCGACCUUGCGCGUUUCUGUCUAAAACUCUUGACGCUGUGGCACAAGGGCUUCCUGGCUGUCUUAGGGCUGUUGCUGCGUGUGCUCUCAUGGUCACGGACGCUGAAAAACUUGUUUUGUCGCAUCCGCUCAUUUUACACACUUCACAUGACGUCGUGUACAUUCUGCGGAAUCUUAGCACUCAGCAUUUGUCUGCUCAGCGUCGCUCUGGCUAUGAGUUUAUUCUUUUGGCCACAGAGCAUCUCACUGUUAAGCCCUCCUCGUCGUUUGAUUCUGUCGCCCACGCUCUUCAGCGUCUUCUUAACUCACAGGAUGACGAUGUUGCGUUUGACUCACAUGACUGUCUUUCUAAUAUCGUUUUUGAGACUAGCAUCCGCCCAGACUUACACUCCACCCCUCUUUCCACAGGCGAUUCUCUUUUUGUAGAUGGUUCCUGUUCCCGCCCUGCGGAUGGUGUGUUCCUGUGUGGUUACUCUGUUUGUCGCCUCCCUGAUGAAAUUGUUGAAGCUCAUUCUUUGCCUUUUUCUUCUGCUCAGGCUGCGGAGCUCUAUGCUUUGACUCGCGCAUGUAUUUUGGCUCAAGACACAGACGUUACUAUUUACACCGACUCACGCUACGCUUUCGGCGUGGCGCACGACUUCGGCCGCAUUUGGGCGUCUCGGGGGUUUACGACAGCCGACGGUAAGCCCAUUUCUCAUUCUUCACUUGUUACUGAUUUAAUCACCGCCUGUCUCCUUCCGUGCACGUUGGCCAUUGUUAAGACACGCGCGCACACAAGAGGGGACUCAUUUGAAGUAAAGGGCAAUUCAUUCGCUGAUCGAGUCGCUAAAGCUGCAGCCGCAUCCGGUGUCCUGCCUCCAGGCUUUAAUUGCGCUUUAGUUUCUACUGAUCGCAUGGUUAGCGCUGUCUUACCUGACAUAGAUCUCAUUUCUAUCCAGGCCUCGGCCUCUGUGGCAGAUACACAGUUCUGGGACGCCCAGGGCGCGACAGAGAAGAGUGGCGUUUUGCUUGACGCACAGGGCCGUCUUUGUUUACCUCGUCACUGUACUCCCUUUCUCGUCCGCGAGUUCCAUGGUCCCACUCAUCGCGGCCGAAGAGGGGUAGUGGAGGAUAUGAACAGAACAUUCUGCAUCAAUAAUUUGCACACAGACGCACACAACAUUCUGGACAAGUGUUUAACGUGCGCCCAGAAUAAUCUAUCUAAACCAGGCGCGGUACAUCAGCACCUUCCCAUACCCGACACGCCUUUCCAAGAAUGGCAGAUCGACUUCACUCACAUGCCAAAGCAGGGCCCGUUCAAAUACCUUUUGGUCAUGAUUGACAAAUUUUCACGGUGGAUUGAGGCUUUCCCGUGUAGCAAAGAGAACGCCCGAACAGCAGUGAACAAACUUACACAGGAAAUUAUCCCACGUUACGGUCUUCCGGUAGGAAUUGACUCUGAUAAGGGAACGCCGUUCACCUCUAAGGUAACGCAGGAGCUAUGUAAAGACCUCAAGAUCAAUUGGCGUUUUCAUAUCCCAUACCAUCCACAGUCCUCUGGCAUUGUGGAGCGUGCGAAUAGAACAAUUAAGGGUAAGUUGCGUAAGGCUAUGCAAGACGCAGGCACGAAAAAUUGGGUCCAAGUUUUACCGUUGGUCCUCGCUGAUAUGCGCAUGACUGCUCAGGUCGCUCUCGACAAUUUAUCUCCGUACGAGCUCGUCAUGGGACGCCCCUUUCCUGUCCCUUGGCGUAGAGGCAUGCAGGUUAUAGGAACGGGUGAUCUUGAAGUACAUCUCAGCGAGUACGCGGUGGGUCUCAUGCGGGUGCUGGAUGAGUAUUGGGCGAGAGUAAAUUCCAAAAAGCCUCCCAUUCCAGAGGCACACACUCACCCCUUUGAGGUAGGGGACAGAGUUUUAGUAAAGAGAUUCGCUAAACUAAACGCUCCCAUGGAGGAGUCACCCUACAGUGGGCCCACCGAUGUACUCGCUGUAACUCGCACGGCUGUGCUAACGGACCUUUUUCCACAGUGGAUCCAUGCCAGCAGAAUAAAGAAGGCUCCAAUGUAAUAGAAAUCUAUAUUGUUGAUGCUUAACAGGUUUUUGUGUUUCAGAAAGUUGCUGUGACAAUAGCUGACGGCCUUUUCAGGGAUCCCCUUCCAGCAUCUGGAGCAAUCCAGUUUCGGCUGAUCUACAAAGAGGGGAUGGUUGGUGAGUCUUGCAAAGUUCUGGGCUGAAGAGUCUGAAAAGCACGGGAGCCUGUGACAUUUUUCGCCGUCUGCACCCUGUGAGCAUUAGAGAACAAAGUCAGUGACCAGUAUGACUUUCUUCAUCAUCGUGCUGAUCUCAACGCUUGGGGCAGGGUUACCCGCACAAGCAAUACACCGGGACCCAAGGGAUAACGAGUUUUGGAAAUAUAUAAACUUCACUGUAAAAACAUCAAUGAAUAUGAGUAUACCUUGUUAUGUGUGUUCUUUGUUACCCCAUGACAGCAGCGAUCCUUUUCCGGUCCGAAUAGCCCCAUCUAACUAUUCUAAGGUUAAUAUGACAUGGCUCAGCCUGUGGCCCUCGUAUACUCAAAUUAAGGUUUUCCUGACAGACAAUACAGACCCAGAGGUAAGGUUGUCGGCCAAGACUGGGGUGUGAAUAAUACUCUGGGCUUGCGUCAGAGUAUUAAAGAGGGGAUUGUAAGAAUAUAAUCCUGAAUACUCCUAAACCUACUCUUGUAAAUGCGCGGCCCAAGGGUGACUGUCGUGUAGUGUAGCAGUUUAGGGUUAACUUUAGGCCAGAGAUAAUACGUGCUGCUCUGUACAUUUUGUACUUUUCGUAUGUUCUGUUCCUAUUUCAUAUCCUGGUCAACUCACCAUAUAAGGAGUUGUUUUAUUAUACAUGAAAGAGCAGACCAUACACCCCCUAGAACAGGAGGAACCAGGAAUGUGGUUUCAGUGAAACUAGAAGGUACAGAGAAAAGCAAAAGAGUAUGUUCUCGCGGUUAUUGAACUGUGCAUAACUCCUGUGUGACCUUGAUACUGAGUGUGCAAAACACAUUCCAUAACUUUCUACUGCUGAUACUCCCUAUGCAGAAGUGUGUAUAUAUACGCCCUGACGCAGCUAUGUGUCAGGACACGCAGAGAAUAAACCAGAUUGAUUUAC